UUUCUUCUCACAUCCAGAGAUUAGGUUAUACCAACACUAAGCUAGCAAAAUGUCCGCAACGACAAUCAACUCCUCCAAACCCUCCCUAACAACCAACGACUCCGCCGUUCUACAAGCCCUCUUCGACGCCGAAUCCUCACCAUCCUCAGCAGUGACAGUUGACUUAAGCCUUCCUCAGCUCCCAGCACACCUGGGUAUCUCUCUUGAAGAACACACGGCUCUGCAAGCUCGCGAGAGAGAGAUUAUCACCCCAUUAGCAUCGACAACACAGCCGACACCGGAAACCAGCCAGGUUCAAUCCGCAAUCAAUGCCCUCGAUGCCAUUAUCAAUGAAUACCCAAGAUACCCAUCCGCUUACGCAAAUCGAGCUCAGGCUCUGCGAAUGUUGAUCGAUGACGAAAACGAGCUUAAGCAGAAAUCCGCUUCAGAAACAGCCUCCCGUCUCUCGUCUCUCCUCUCAGAUCUAGGCAACGCAAUUACUCUCGCCACUCCUCUCUCACCCGCAGAUGCUGUCUCCACGAGUCAGGCAAGGCUCUUAGCAGACACUCAUACACACCGCGCCUACCUUCUCCUGAAGAUAUCGCGGCAACUCAGGAACGGUGACGAGCAUGAAAUCAAGUUUAUCCCUGAUACAUUGAAGGAGAUCGGUUCCGAGGGUCUAGAAGAAAUGGCAAGCCGUGACUUCUUCUUUGGCGGCCGGUAUGGGAAUAAAGUUGCGCAGCAGAUGGCUGUGCAAACGAAUCCGUAUGCGAAGAUGUGUGGGGCAAUCGUGAAGGAGGCGAUGAGGAAGGAGGUUGAGGGCGUAUAG